AUUAUAAUGGCUUAAACUGUCACAAAGCAGGUUGGUGAGGAACAGUAGCUAUAAAUACGAAGGCAUGUCUGGUCUCUCCUGCCAUCCCAGCUCACGGCCAUGGCCUUCUUCACCAGGAGCUUCCUUGCCCUCUCUCUCCUCUCUCUGCUUGCUUGCGCUGCCACCGGGAAGCUGUCGGCGUCGUUCUACGACGACACAUGCCCGAGCUUGCAGAGCAUUGUGCGAUCGGCCAUGUCCCAGGCCGUGAGCAGCAAGCGGAGGACGGGCGCUUCCAUCCUCAGGCUCUUCUUCCACGACUGCUUCGUCAACGGCUGCGACGCGUCGAUUCUUCUCGUUGGUGGCGAGAGGAACGCGCCACCGAACAAAGACUCCGUGCGUGGAUUCGACGUCAUAGCUGCCAUCAAAUCCCAGGUGGAAGCCGCGUGCAGAGCGACGGUGUCCUGCGCCGACAUCUUGGCCCUGGCAGCACGAGACGCGGUGGCUUUGCUCGGAGGACCGAGUUGGCAGGUGCUGCUAGGCCGCAGGGACGCGAGGACGGCGAACGAGACGGCCACCAGAGACCUCCCGUCGCCAUUCGUCGACCUUUCCAACCUCACCUCGUCGUUCGAUCACAAGGGCUUCAGUGCGCAGGACAUGACUGCUCUCUCCGGGGCGCACACCAUCGGCAUCGCCCGGUGUCCCAGCUUUCGCGACCGCAUCUACCAUGACGCCAACAUCGACCCCGACUUCGCGGCCCUCCUCAGGCAGAGUUGCCCUCCGAAGGGUGGCGACGAUAACCCGGCUCCUCUGGACCUCCAAACUCCCGACCUUUUUGACAACAAGUACUACGAAAACCUUCUCUCUGGUCGCGGCCUCCUCCACUCGGACCAGGAGCUCUUCAAUGGAGGUUCACAAGAUGAACUGGUGAGCUAUUACGUUCUCAACGAGACGCUCUUCUUCGAGCAUUUUGCCGCGGCAAUGGUGAAGAUGGGUAACAUCUCGCCGCUCACCGGAUCGAGCGGCGAGGUUCGAUUGAACUGCAGCGAGGUGAACUGAAGACAGCGAUUUCCGUCGUAACAUGCAAUAAGGCUUUCCGUGACAUGCACAGAUACCUUGCUUAACUAUGAUCUAAUCGUUCAGCGUCUAGAUUUGUUCGUCGUUGUCAGUGUCGACAUUGAAGGCAUGAAUAUAACUUGGAUGGGAUUCAACUACUGCUACUGUAUUUUCGUUCAUAUCACCCUCUGUGAAGUAAAAUUAACCAAGAAUGUGC